GCCGUUUAGCGGGGCAGGCACCUAAAGCAGUCACUGUAGCUGUAAAAAUACAGGCAACCCAUCACCUGACCCCAGCGCCCCGCGGCCAUCCUCCAAGAGCGCCGCCGCUUAGCGCAACUGCUGCCAGGGGAGUCACAUGACCUCCACGAUCGCAGACCAGGCGCAUUUUCCCUUGAGCCUAUCCAAACUUUUUGAUAGCCAUACUCUUGAAAAGGGACACAGCAACCAUGUUCUCCACGACACAGAGGACGAGUACCAGACGCGUGCCGGACGUCUUCCGACUAGUCUCAAGGCAAUUGCACGGGCAAAAGAGACAAUCAGGGAACCGCAAAGGGUUCCAAGGUCCCGAGGGACACGGCGAGAAGAUUUGGGUCUUUUGCCAUCGCCGCACACAGCAGAUCAUCUACAGCUUUUCUGAGAAACUAGAGCAAUUCCACGCAUUGAAGCAACUCCCCUUUAACGGCAAAAAGUCGAAGCCGGCGGGCCUGCGAAAGGACUACUGGUCACAAUUGGCCAGAAUCGAUGUCGGCGAAGGCCAGGGCGGCGUUGGCCGAUCUAUCUAUGCAAAACUACGCGAAUUGAAGCACCUGCACGAGGUUUCCUGGGGCGACGAGAUCCGAUACAAGACGACAGACGAGUUCACGGCCCGCCAGCGCCGCGAAGUUAACGCUGCGGAAGCCAAUGGCAACGAAUUCCGACCCGCCCGAAACAAGAAGGAACGUGGUGCUGCUUUGAAUGCACAGAAACAAAACGCCGUUGCGGACUUGGCCGCAAUCUUGGCCGGCCAGGGCCGUGGUAAUCUGGUUGCUGCUCAGGGCGAGGAUGGUGCUAGCACGCUUAGCAGCGUCACGGUCCAUUGGGCGAAUGACCAGGAUAAAAACUAUGCUGAGACGUGGUCCAGCAAUGUCACACAUGGUCUGCUAGAAACACCUACAUAUGUGGGCGGAACUGCUGAGCCAGCACCGCCUAAGGCACCUGAAGCCACUACGGCAUAAAAAAGCAACAUGGAACAUCGAUAGAGGCACCUGAUAUCAGUGCCAUUGUAUUAUAUAGCAUUGAGGAGGAGGAGGGGCAUGAUACUAGCGGGCUUUAUGACUGCCAGAUACUGUACCAUACUGAUUGAAUACACAUGUUUAUCACAGGACAAGAGAUGCAGGAAAACAAAACAAUCGUUAUAAUUCCCAUAGAGGGUUCUGGGGGGUUUACCCCUACACUGAAUAUAGUGAAAUCAUGACCUCGUAAUCGGCGAGCAUGGCGCUUAGUUUGCCCAAUCUCGUUACACCGUUAUAGCAAAUUGCUUGAGAUAAUCGUAGUGUGGGACGUUGUCGUCCACAGUCUGGCGGAUGACCUUUUGUGCGGCAGAGCCGAACUUUUCCUCCCACUCCUUGUUUUCCAUUUCAAUGGUAGAAACUUUCUAUAUGGCGUUGUUAGCUUAGCCCGGGCGGACUUUGAUGUAGGGUGGGCAUACCUUGGGGUGGGCUCUAGCCUGGAGGCAUGAUGUCUGGAGGGCAUCAUCGUGCCAGCCAUUCCAUUUCUCAAAGAGCUCCUGAGCAUACUUGUCGUCUUCCUUGUUCCAAUUGAGCAUGGUAUCCUUGAAAUCAAUGUCGGUUUUAUCACAGUAGGCGCGGAUGAUACCCUCUGGGUUAUCCAACAUAUCGUCCGCAUCAAUGACGGUGACAUUUGACUUGUCAAUGAUUCCUUGCUCAUCUAAAAACUUGAACAGGGUGACAAGCUCCGCAUAACCAGCCUCGGCGGGAUCAAAGUAGUCCCAGCCAGUGACCUCUUUGCGGGGAGGGAUUGUGCAGCGCCAGUAAGAUGGGAUAGAGCGGCGGGGAUGACGAAUAAGAAAAGUAAAAUGGAAUUUCUUGAGCUCAGCGAUGGGGAGGACUGUUGGAUUGCCGGGCUCUUGGGCUGCGCCUAGCGAUUGAGCAAUCGAUGUUGGUCUACCAUGUGGAGCGAUGAGGUAUUGCGCCAUGUCCUUGAUAAAGACUCGGCGGCCCUGCAUAAUGUUAGAAUCUAGUUGUCUAUACGGACAGCUUCAACGUGUAAUUACUCUUUUACCGGGCUCCUGUAAUGAAUCGAGAACAUCUUUGUAGGUGAUGUCGGCCAUGCCGGUUGCGUGCCUCGUCUCGACAUCGUUUCUGAACCUGUCGCAGAGGCGUUCGGGCCCAAAGUAGGCAGGAUCGCCAAAAGGCUCAUGAGCAGUGUCCAUGAUGUCUCUGCGCGUCAAAAAUACCUAGAAAAUGCGUUGUUAGACUCCCAUGUGACCUUCUAUCGACGUCGGCGCAACUCUUACACGCUCAAACGCUGUGGAGCAAGCCCUGGGGUGUGUAGCAGUGAAAAUCGGUUUAGGGGCCAUCUUGUUCGUAAUUAUUCUAACAAGUAUGAUUCUUUAGAGGUGAAAAAAAAAGAGAAAGGAGAAAAGGGGAGAGCAAAAGGAAAAGCUUUUUUUUUUCGGGGUAGGGGAAAGCCAACUGCCUAUCACCCGUUUUUCACAACAGCCC